AUGUAUAUCAUGCUACAAUUUCCAACCGUCUCUGUAGCAAAAACAUCAAAAUUAAGUGGUUUUUCUAUGGAUCUCAUCCAUCAAGAUUCAUUUGAAUCACCAUUCUACGACUCAUCGGUCAACCAAAGUGAACUCGUAGAAAGAGCCAUCUUUCGCUCUAGUUCCCGUUUAUCUCAUCUCAAGUCUCUCUUAAAACUCCCCAAUAAUGACGCUCUCUUACAACUCCACAACAAUGCCGGGAAGGAAAUUUAUUCCACGGAAGCGGCAAUUAUGGCAAGUAAAGGGGAGUUCCUUAUGGAGUUUUCCAUUGGCACACCACCCGUCAAACAAUGGGCAAUCUUUGACAUUGGAAGUGACGUCGUGUGGACUCAAUGCAGCAAAUGCAUCAACUGGUUCAACUGUUUCAAACAGACUAAAUCCAAAUUUAAUCCGAAGAAAUCAUCAUCAUUUCGACCAAUUCUAUGUGAAUCAUUAACAUGUCAACAAUUAGGUCCGGAAAUUAAUUGUAGUGGUGCAAAAAGAAAAUGUAAAUAUCAUUUAAAAUACGAUGACAACACAAUCAGCUUCGGGGAACUAGCCACGGAAACUUUUAAAUUGGGAAACACUUCCCUCCCAGGAAUGGUUUUUGGGUGCUCGAAUAACAACGUUGGCGUCUUCCAAAAAACCUCGGUUGGCAUUGUUGGGCUCGGAAACGGGCCACACUCAUUAGUUAGUCAGCUUCAGCUUCGCAAUGGCAUGGGUGGUAGAUUCUCGUACUGCCUAACUGAUACUUCUAAUAAAAAAGAAAGAAGCAAGGUAAGCUUUGGAGCUAACGCAAUCUUGUCUAGUGAAGGUUCAAUCUCCACCCCAUUGGUCUUAAGUGUACCUGGAGACUACUAUUUCGUUACAUUGGAAGCGAUCAGCGUCAACAAUAGGGGAUUUCCCUUCAUGAUUGGUUCUCAUGAGAAAGGUAAUAUCAUGUUCGACUCAGGCUCAUCACUAUCCUUUUUGCCAAAGGAUAUGUACCAACAACUGGAAAGUAUACUAAUAAAGGAGAUUCAAGACACGCCAAUUCCUCUAUCUACAUCUCGUCAUCUACAACUUUGCUACAAGUACCGCGACAACUUUGAAUUUCCAACGAUCAUGUUCCAUUUUUCUGGAGGCGCUGAGUUGGCUUUGCAGAUGAGAAAUACUAUAUUCAUCUAUGGAGAUCAUAUGUGUCUAGCGAUAGCCCCAACUAGUGAUCCUCUAGCUCUAUUUGGGAAUAAAUUACAAUCGGAGACCAUGAUUGGAUUUGAUAUUGAUAAUGGAAGAGUUUCUUUUACACCAAAUUAUUGCUGA